GUGGAGUGUAGAGAGGAAGGAAGCUGGUUUAAAACCAGAGACGGUUGAAAAACACACACUGACUGGACAGCAAACAAGCCAGCGAAGACAAGAGGUUUCUUUUUCUCUGUUUUUGAGAGAAAUCAUUUCCUAUUAUGUAACCAAUAGCGCUCCGGAGGUGCUUCAUUUAGGGCCAUAAAUCUAUUUUCAGUCUGAACCGUGAUCCUCUUGAACACUCUGAGAACACAGAGUGAAAACCUCUGCGGUACUGUUCGCCUCAUCUUUCCAUUGCACCAGCAGGUGUUAUGGAUCUGCAGUGUCUCCGAUGCUGGAAUGUUUUGUCACUUCUUCUGUUGUUGCCUGGUAGGUUUUGGUGUAUGUCAGUUCACAUCCUGAAUGAGCAGCCUGUCCACGUAAUCCCAGGCACCAAGCUGGUUCUCACAGCCCGGAUCGAGAAGAAUCUCUGGGAACAGAUUUCCAUGAUAAAGUGGACACAGGAGCCUGAAACUGGACAUGAUCGGACCAAAGUGACGCUGGCUACGUGUCCUGCCAAAAGCCCAAAGUGUUCUGGUGAAAGGCCAGAUGUGCAAGUGAGUUUGAAGCAGCAGGAGACGACACUUGAGAUGAACAGAUACAGCACAGAAGACAGCGGAGAGUACUCAGUGACUGUGACAGAUCGCUCAGGAGCCAAUACCACUGGACGCUGCAUCGUCAGGGAAUACGAGGCAGUUCAUCAUGUCUCCGUCAGCAUCAACGUGUCUCACUCCUUGCUGGUUUGCCACGAGGCGUGGGGGACAGACCCCAGCUUCAGCUGGCUGCACGAGAGAGCUGCCAUCACCCAGCAGGUGGGAAAAGUCUCCAAGGAUGGAGACAUGCUGAUUGUAACCAUGACUCCCAUUUGUGGUCACUUCACCUGCGUGGUUGGCAACAAGUUGGGAUACAGCUCUGCCACAUACACUGCAGCACCUUGUGAAAGUGGGGGCAGAGGGAUGACGGCGGCUGUGGUUUGUCUUGUCCUCCUGCUGCUGGUGUGUGGAGGAGUGCUGGCAUUUCUCUUGUGGAGGAGGCGCAGGAAGAAUAACAUGGGAGAGAGGUUGUAUGAACACACAGACGACACAAUCUAAAAAAGAUCUGAGCUGUUGCUAGAAAGUCUCAGAGGAGAACACGCAACGAGGGUGGAAACUUCCUGUCCUGUGAGCAGUAUGACCUCACACUGCACGGAAACAAUGUGGAGAGUGAACUGCUUACAGACAAAUAUAGAAAAUAUGUACGAGUGGAUAUUCAGCUCACAGUGCCUCCUGCUCUGUCUGAAAAUGUUUGGGGUUUUUUUUUAGCAAUGUUUAAUUUUAUUUCUUUAUGUUUUGCUGUCAGUAAAUUGCAUAAAAAUGUAUUACAUGAAUGUAAAAAAACAUUAAGUCUGAAAGAAUAGGAUGCUUGGAUAUUCAUCUAUGCUUAGGUGAGAUUUCGUCUCAUUUGCUUUCAUUUCCAGGGUUCACUUUUCAGCUUACAUCCACACACAUUUAGAGCUAAGCAGCAAAAGCAAUUGAAAAAGACUUGAUUAAAAGCAGAGCCAGCCCAAGGCUGGGUUCCCACACAUUUAUGAAAAGCCUGGAGAGGUCUGGAAAUUGAUUUGUUCUUUUUUUAAAGUCUAGAUAACUAUGAAAAAGUAGUGAAAUUUAAACACUUAUUGCGUUAUCUACGAGAUGAAAAUAUAUUUUGUAAAAUUAAGUGCUUUUUAGAAUAAUUUAUGCUCAAAAUACAGGGCAGAGGGGUAGGAAGAGAUUCAAAAUCAAAGCAAAUCAACACAAAGAAUCAGAGAAAAGGAUCACAAAUUGUGCUUCAAAGAAACUGUGUGUGUGUUACAGAUUUAAAAUGUUAAGAUUAGAUGCCUAACAAAGCUGUGGAAUAGCCCUUUACUAGGACUCCAACAUGUGUUGUGUUAAAGAUUAUUGGAAUCUGAGGUAAAUGUUUUGUCCUCAAAUGUCUCUCAAAUGUUUUUUUGUUGCUUUUUUUACUUUUUUUUUACAUUGUGUUGACUUUUUUUACUGAGUCUAGAAAAGUGUGAAAAUGUCAAAAUUGAUAUAUUUUUUUUAAAUCUUGUUAACAAAUUUGGGGCCACCAUCUACCACUGCACCACUGACCAGUGCAGUGGUAGAUGCACCGGUCACAGGUUUGAUGUGUUUUCAUGACCGACCAUAACAAACUGGAUCUCUGAUAUGUUCAUACGCUGAGUAUAUAAAGUAUUAUCUCUAUUCAGACUUAAUUAAAUCAUGAGCUAACAUAAGUUUUUGAUACCAUUUCUUGUUGAAGCAACCAGGGGGCUCUUUGCCAAAACCUCAGCUGUUCCUGCCAUGAAGCUUCAAAUGAAGAAAUGCCACAAAAGCUCUACAAGGCAAACUGGUGUCAUCUGUUCUGGAAAAAAUGAGGAUUUAUCAGCUGAAUAUGUAAGCAAAGUUCAAACUACAGGAUACACAAUGCACAUUUAAAUAAUAAUUUUAAAAAAUGUCUGUGAUGGCACAUAUAAAUUGAAUACAUAAUAUAUGCAAAAAAUAAAGAGAUAAAAUGUGAACAAGUUUGAAACUGAGAAAACAUCAAAUCUUACCAGGUACUUUUAGUUUAGUUUCUAGUCUACAUAUCUUAGUACAGUUGAAAUAACACAAACCUAACUCACAAGUAACUUUUCAGGAGUUGUUUCAAAAGUUCCUUGAUAUUGGAGAAAGUACUUGUCCUAAUGUCAGAUUAUUACAUUAAUAUCAAGGGAAUAAUGUUUUAUUAUAAGUGAAAUAAUAAUAAUAAAGUCAAACUAGAUCAAAAAUACCUGGUAAGAUAUUAUGUUUUUGCGGUGAAGGGCCAUUUUGUAGGGUAUUUUGCAAAUGAAUGUACAAAUUAGAAGUGCAUAUACGGAUUGUGACAAACUUCCAUGCUGAAAAAGUUUGUGGUGAAACUUAUUUUCAAACUUUAUGGCAGCAAUCCUGAGUUUAUUUUUUGCAUCCAACCCACUAUUGGAUGCGGCUCAAUAUUUUGUGAUCGCACUGUGAAUUCAGUUUUCCACUUUGUUUUCUGUCAGUUUUUGUUUUUGCUCCACAAACUGAACAAAGCAUUCUUGGUGUAGAUCCAGAAAUGGCAGAGUUGUGUCCAAAAAUAAGGCUGGACACAUCAGCGUGCUCUACCGUAUUUUGACAGUGCUCUCAUUGCACUUAAACCUUUUAACCUCCAGUAUUGUUUCUGACAAGCUCCGCCAAGCUACAUGAAGGAAGUGGAACCAGACAGGUCAACUGCGGGACACGCUUUCUUGGGUGUGAGAGAAAAGUGGAACAAAACAACUGUCAUUAAAGUUCCAAAAUAGCUUUGGAGUUUUCCAAAGCUCAGUGAUGUUUUAUGAAAAAAUGUUUCAUAAUUUAACAGAAAAGUUGCUGCAUUUUCUCUAACUCUCUAAUAUUGCCAAACUUUAAACUGAUGUGAUAGAUAAGAUCUUCAGGUCCCUGAAGGCGCAUCCUGGUGCUGAGCAGACAGUGAUGAAAUAUUCUGAAAAUCAGAAGAAAAUGUGUUUAAUACAAAUCUUAGCUUCAGAAUGUGAGUCUGCUUCCUAUCUGCAAUAAUGUCCAGGGGACAUACAUCAGCGAAGUUCUCAAAUGAAACAUUUAAGAAGUAAAUUGUUUCUCUAAUCCAGACUUCAGCUUUUUUGUUAAAUCCCAUUCUGCUACAAAUCUAGUUCCCUAUUUCUGGUUGAGUUAUUUAAAAAAAAAAAAUAAAAAAUUUCUUGUUUG